AUGCUGUCUGCCUCCAGAUCUGUCCUCAAGGCCAGUGCCUCGCGUCGCCUGGCUGCGACUCGUGUUCGAUGUGCGAGCACCGAAGCUAAGGACCAUCACAAGAUUGUGGUUGUCGGCGCUGGAAGCGCGGGACUCUCUGUGGCCAAUCAAAUCUGGCACAGAUUCAAAAGUGCAGGCAGGUCGCUGAACAAGGAUGAUAUUGUUAUCUUGGAUGCAGCCGAGGCCCACUAUUAUCAGCCUGGAUGGACUCUUGUAGGAGCUGGCCUCAAGCCCAAGACUGAUUUCCGGCGCCCUCUUGAUUCUCUCAUCCCUCCCCACAUCACUCUCAUUCCAGAGAAUGUCUCCACCUUCUCUCCCAAUACAUCCUCAGUCACAACCACCGCUGGUAGGGAGGUCAAAUACGACUAUCUGGUAGUGGCUGCUGGUUUGGGUAUCAACUGGGAGGGAAUCAAGGGGCUGCCCUCUGCUCUCGCCGACCCCACCUCUGGUGUUUCAUCAAUCUACUCCUAUGCUACUUGUGACAAGGUCUGGGAUGACAUCGAGGGCUUGAGGUCUGGCAAGGCUGUUUUUACACAGCCCGCUGGAGUGAUUAAAUGCGCUGGAGCCCCUCAAAAGAUUAUGUGGAUGGCCUGGGACAGAUUCCGUCGGACGGGUCGGGGCGAUAAUAUCGACGUUCAGUUCUAUACCGGAAUGCCGUCAAUGUUCUCUGUCAAGAAAUACUCCGACGCGCUCAACAAACUCAGAAUUGAGCGAGGCAUUGAAGGCUUCUUCGAGCAUAACCUGGUCUCUGUUGACUCUUCCAACCACAAGGCGACCUUCAAGAAGCCAGACGGUUCUACUGUCGAUGUCGAUUACACCACUCUGCAUGUCACUCCUCCCAUGGGUCCUCUGAAGUUCAUCAAGGACUCCCCUAUCGCCGACCAAGCUGGCUGGGUCUCGGUGAACCAAAACACCCUCCAGCACACCAACCCCGACUACCAAAAUAUCUUCGCCAUUGGCGAUGCCUCGUCGCUUCCAACCUCGAAGACCGCCGCUGCCAUUACGGCGCAGGCACCUGUGAUGGUUGAGAAUCUCUUCUCUUUCAUCAACUCUGGCAAGGUUUCCGACUCUGCUCGAUAUGACGGCUACACCAGCUGCCCUCUUUUGACCGCCUAUGGGGAGCUCAUGUUGGCAGAAUUCAAGUAUGGCCUCGAACCCAAAGAAACUUUUGGUGCCCUUGUCGAUCAAUCCAAGAGUCGAAGGGUUUUCUACCACCUCAAGAAGGACGUCUUCCCCGCUGCCUACUGGAACUAUAUGGUUCAAGGCAAAUGGUUCGGAAACAAGGGAACCAUCCGACCCACCUAUAACUAA